GAAAACUAUUUCUUCGGAUACAGAGUCCUGUAUAAAAAUUUGGAUGAUCCCAACUCAAACUGGGCCAUUAAAGAGAAUAUCCGCCGCUAUUUGCCACCAAAUCCCGUUGAGCACAAAAUUUCUUCACUUAAAAGCUAUACGAAAUACAGCUUUCGUGUCUUUGCGGCAUCGUUCAAGUCUGCUGGCCUCAUCUCGGAAGCUAUUGAAUUGAGGAGGACAGAUGAGUCAAGUAGGUGGCUUAUAGUAAAAAUAAUUAGAGCACAGAAACUAUGAAAUUUGAGUUGUUGUCCAAUAUACUGAACUGAAUUUUAACUGUGAACUUUUCUUUCAACGAAGUACUUGUCAGGCAAGGGUUCGAAAGAAUUGUUAGCGAUAUACCUGAUAGGGAAACAAAAAUUUCCAAGGACAACUUGCUAGCGUUUUGUGGAAUAAGUAGACAAUCACCUCUUAGGGAAAAUUUUGCUCGAGAAAAUAUAUAAUCUUCAUCCAGCCAUUAGAAAGGAAAUAUGAAAAUAAGCUCAUCAUCGUGUUUGGAGAUUCUAAAGCGUAACCUGACUGUUAGGAAAUCAUCAUCGAAUGCACUCAGCCAUACACGCCGCCAUAUUUGAAUUUAACUCAAAGUCAGGGCCGAAAAAAUCUAACGUUAAAGAAUUCAUUCACACACAGCCGCUGCUCGAGGUAUCAUAAAACAAAUCACUAUUUUAGUCUACAAUACUCAUUUUGUGCAGUUUGUAUUCAUUCAAACAAAGCUCAAAACAAUGGGAAAGAGAGAUAUGAAACAUAGAAGUAUCACAGGUAAGCGACCAGGUUGCUGAGCAGGAUUCAGUAUAGCGGCGUUCGUAGUCGGAUUUUUUCACACAACUGAGUAUAGUUUUCGAAAGGUUACGUUACUCUUUUGAGUCUCAAAACGCGUUCCUUUUUAGUUUUUCUUGUUCACUUUUUCAUCUCGAAAUUUUAAGACUUUUGAAUCAUACUUCUUCUUUACAAAGCAAAUAUCGUGGGAACAUAUAUAGUGUAACGACAUCUAUGAGCUUCGAAAUUGCCUCAAGGAUUGAUAGGAAUGAAGUAUUUUAACCAGGAUUUUUGCUUUGAGAUAUCUGGGCUUCAUUUUGUUGAAGACAAGUAAAGUGUAAGGUUGCUUGUAUCGGGUAUUGACUGUCCCCUUCGCAUGACUAAUGAACACAGUGAUUCAGUUGAUUUUACUUCAGUAUUAUCCUUAACCAAAUCUUCCCAUUUUCAUGACGCGUAGCUCCUAGCAUUGGUCCAGAAAUUGUUGCCAGCCGAAGCACCAGCCCCACUUCAAUCUAUGUGCAGUGGAACCACACAAUUCCAGAAAAUAAAGUCAAUGGCAUUUUGAUCGGUUACACAGUCCAUUGGGAUGACGAACGUUUUGGCCAUGGUCACCCUUACAACUCAAAUGGUGUCAAAAAUCUUGGGCUUAGCGCCACAAAUUAUACUAUAACCUCACUUCACGAAUACUGGCCUUAUACAAUUUCUGUGGCUGGACGAACAUCGAAAGGAGCUGGAAUACGGACGUUGAGGAAAGUGACAACCAUUGACGAUGGUAAGAACUUCGCGAAAUUUUUCCGAAUGUUUUCGUAGUCGUCGGAAUCGCUCGGAAAAUUGUGUUUUCUGUAGUCCUUGAAAUGAAAAUAUUUGAGGAAUUUUUAAACUGAGCAUUUCCUUUUCAGAAAAUCAGGUUUCUCGUCAAUUGAAAUUUCGCGUAACGGUUGACUCUAAUAAAAGUUUUAAUCAUAAAUUUGAAAUACAGGAAAAAACUUUUUAAAAACGUCUUUUUCAUGACAUCACUUUUUCAGAAACAGAUAAAUCAGUUGCUCAUUACAGUUUCCAUCAACAAAAGCUGAAUUUUUUGAACCAGUUUUUGGCCUUUUCGGUGGUGUCUUGCUUAUUUCUAACCAUGAACUCACAGGAUUCAAAAGAAUACCAAAGGUUCCAUCGUAGAGAAUGAAUCGUUUUGGUAAAAAAUCCUAACAAUCAAACAGUAAAUUAUAAGCAAUCUUCCAAGAGGCAACUUAAUGCUUGGGCAAAGUGCACACCUUCAGUUUUUUCUUUUUUUUUAUAAGAACUUAUGAGAAUGUCGUUGUAUUUUUGCGAGUCUCACCAAUGUUAGAGCAAAUCCAGCCUUGUAAUAAACUUGGAUAAUUUGUGUUUUUAUUUCUGGUAUUUCUACAGCUCCUUCAGAGGCACCGUACAACAUUCAGCUUCACAUGGUGAAUGCAACUACUUUAAAUGCUAUUUGGCAAGAUGUGCGUUUUAUUCACCAAAAUAGCAUUAUUCUGGGUUACCGUGUUCGCUUUCACCAUGCAGAUGGCGGUCUGCUAUUGUGGAACAUGACCGUUAGACCAGACGUCCAUGAUUUCCUUUUCUCUAGUCUUUCGAUCUUCCAGAAUUAUUCGGUACAGAUGCAGGCUUACGCCAGAAAAGGUGAUGGGCCGUGGGGUAACAAAGUAUAUCAGUUGACGGAUGAAUCAAGUAAGUGAAAUGGCGGCGUCAGACUUUAUCAAUACAUGGCCUCUCCAUGCUAUUUUGCUACAUUGCCAACAAAUGGGUGAUAAGGUGAGAUGCCUUGUAGAGGCAUGUUCAGGAUGAAAAUUAACAGUAAGAUCGCGUGGAGCUCGAGCUAGCCUGCUCCGACAGUCCAAAAGUAUUUUUAGCCUCAGCUCGACGAGUUUCAUUCCAAGAUUUGUAACCUGGACUCGGCUUUGGUGCUAAAGUAAUUCAGGAAACAAACUAUUUCUUUUCCUUAGUUUUUUGUUUCUCUCUUCAUUUUCAGCCCCUAUAAAUUCUCCUGUCAAUCUGACAGCUUACAAUGUCAGCUCACGGGAAAUUAAAGUUCUUUGGAACUACGAUGACAACCCUAGACUGGUUCUUGGCCACCUCCAAGGUUUCACACUUCAUUUUCUGGAGGCCAAUGCGAGCGAUGUUUUCCCGGAAGAUGCAAACUUAAAAACAUUUGAAACUCGUAACAAAACUCUGCGAAGUAAGAUCGCCGAAGAAUUGGAAAUAUACCGGCUAUACAAUAUCACUAUAGCAGCUCGGACAGCCAAGGGUACAGGUCCCACAAGCAAUUCAUUUGUAGUCCGAACUCAUGGUGAAGGUCAGUUAAUUGAACUCAAAGUUUUAGCGCUCUUAGUUGGACACUUGAUUAACUGAAUUCGAGCACUUUCGUAUCCUCCUAGUGCUUUCUGCAAGUUUUCCUUGGAGAAGCCACCUCUCUGUAUUUAUUUGCAACCUUAAAAAAUAUUCACCAUUCUAAACAUCUUUUUCUUUUAUGGAGUAUUCUUAAUUCUCUACUAUUUGCUAUUUUAGCAACACGAUUGACGAUUUCCAUCGGUUUUAUAUAUAUAGUGACAAACAAGGUUAAAAAGAAAGUAUGGGGAAGUACUCCAUUCAGAUAUAACUGCACCAGAAGUUAACUCCUGAAGUAUACCUAUAACCCAUAAUUUCCGAACACUACCUUAUGCUAAGGUCAUAUGUAACGAGCGUCCUGUAUUAUGCGGUCUGUUAGCAGAGGGCAAAAAAAAGGUGGCAAUAUUUAAAUCUGUACAUCAUCAAAUGAUAAAAAAAUCAGUUGUCGUCAAAAGAAAAGAAGUCACAAGUCGCAAGCCUUGGUACCCCGUAACAUCCUUCUUUUUUGUCUCUCACGGUUAGUUCCCGGCGCCUCUCCCCAGGCUCUCACUGCCUUCAACACAAGUAUGUUCAGCCUAUAUGCAAAAUGGCAGGAAAUAGUGAAGGACAAACAACAUGGAAUCAUGUUGGGAUAUAAACUG